AUGAGCAACGCUGCCGAAAUAAGCAACCGAGGCGGCAGGACCCUACCGCGGCAACCCAGCACGAUGAGCGUCGAGAGCCUGCCGUCGAGGCGUGGCAGCUUCGCGAGCGUGGCGUCUUCCGAUGGGAUGAGCGACGCGAGCGGUCUGAGUCGCGGAAACCCCGGCCUGGGCGGCGCGGACGACCCCGCGCUCACCCCGACUUCCCCAUCGGGCACGGACCGUCGGAUGAACCGUCGAGUGACUCGCGCCUCGAACGGGUCGCACCACGGACUCGGGGGUCCCCGGCGCAUGGUUUUCCUCAACAAACCCAAGGAGUUGUCCCACGGUCGGCUCGCCUUCAUCUCCGAGAUCUUCAAGAUCAAGGGGACCAUCGUGCUCAAGGUGGUUCCGCAGAUAAUCCUCGCAGCCUUCGUCGGGCUCUUCGCCAACCUCGUCAAGGUGCUCUACUGCGGCGAGGGCGUCGCGAGCAACGAUGAGUGCGACGUCACGUUCAACAUGGACGGUCACCUCGGCGUGAGCGUCGUUCUAUCGUUCCUACUCGUCUUCCGCGCGGACCUCGCGUACGAGCGAUACUACCAGGGCAAAUCCGCGCUGGGCGCCAUACACACCGGCAUACGCAACCUCAACGUGGCCACCGCGACUUUUCUCCGAGCGCACCCGCCGCUGAGCAGGGAUAAAGGCGGGAAAAAGUCGGUGAUCAACCGACGCAAGUGGGCGGCCAAGAACGCGACGAGGGCGACUGCCCUCGCGCGUGACCGCAUGGAGCUCUUCCGCCUGACUAAUCUGCUGUACGCCUUUGUCCGACAGGCGGUUCGAGCGCAGCGGCACGGGUACUCGGACGUCGGGCCCGUCACCGACGACGAGCUGAUGACCAGGGACCGCGGCGGCAAGCCCAGGGUCCCGGACAUCGUCAAGGACAAGAUAGAGCUGGACGAGUUCAAGACGCUGGAGCCCUGGAAUCGCCCGAACGUGUGCGUGUCCAAGAUAACCGCCAUCAUAGAGCACCACCGCAGGGUCGGCAACCUCGGCGAGAGAGCCGCGCUGGACGUAUUCCGCGACUGCCAGCUGGUGCUCGACGCGCUCAAGUCUGCCGAGCGCAUCGUCACCACGCCGAUCCCGUACCAGUACCUGCACAUGUUGAACAUCCUCCUGUUCUUCUUCGUGUACUCGGUGCCCUUCGUGUUCACCGCCAACUUCAAGUGGAUCACGCCCUUCCCUUCGUGCGUCGUCGCGCUCGCGUUUUACGGCGUGAACGAGAUCGGCCGGUGCAUGGAGGACCCUUACUCGUGGGAGGAUCCGUGUCACGAUCUCUCCGGCGUGGGUUGGAGGAUCUACACGGAGACGUUGCAGAUCCACCAGAAGGCGGACGAGGUCCACCGCGAAGCCGAGGACGUGCACGAGGAGACGAACGCGUCGGAGUCUCGCGUCACGGAUUCUUCAGAGUUGGAGGCGAGGGCGCGACUGUCGACGAGCGAGCAGAUCCAACGCGCGCUCGCCGCCGCGCCGGUCGCCGACGCCGCCUUGCACGCGAAUGCCCUCGAGGAGGCGUGCGCUCUGGAGGACGAGAACGUCGCCGCCGGGGAGAUGCCGACGCCGUCAACCCCCGCCAGCCCGGCGCCCAAGCGCAACAGGGCAUCCUCAGCCGCCUCAAUAACUGGCCCGUUUACCUCCAUCGCCGCGGCUGCCCGCACCGCGAUCAAGCAGAAUGUCGGUGGUAAUAUUGAUGAAGAGGACGAUGAGGACGAUGCGCUGACCGCCGACCCGAGCAUCGUUCCGAAGGAGCUGAGCACGCAUUGGAGCGGUUUCCUGACUGAGAUUUUUGUCUUCAAGAACACCGUCAUGCCCUCGCUGCUCCCGCAGAUCGCUCUGGCGUUCUUCCUCGGAAUAUUCGCGCAGAUGUUCAAGCGGGUGAUGUGUGGCGCGGAUGUCGUCGCCGCGGCAGAGUGCCAGACCACGUUUGACAUCACUGGUCACCAGGUGGUAUCCGUGUCACUCGGUUUUCUCCUCGUCUUCCGAACCGACUGGGCCUAUGACCGAUACUACGAAGGGAAGCAGUCACUCGGCCAGCUGUACAACGGUCUCAGGAACCUCAACGUGUGCUUUGUGAAUUACCUCCGCGAAAAUAAACCCGGCGAGCGCGCGGCGUUCGAGGCUUCGGGGAGCUCCAACCUCGAAGGCUGGGGUGACGCCGGCCCACACCUGACCGACUCGCCCAGCAGGGCGCCGAGGGAAUCGUUCCAGAGCACCAUCGCGAAAAUCACCGAGGAUCGCGCAGAGCUUCUGCGCCUGACCAACGUGCUAUACGCCACGAUGCGUCACAUCCUGCGUGACAUCCGCGUGGGCGCACCCGACGGCGGGGAGGUGACCGACGAGGACUGCGUAAAGGUGGACGCCACUGGAAAGCCACCGCUGCCGGAUCUGCUCCGAGAGGGGGAGUCAGAGCGACUCCUCGCGCUCAUGCCAUCGAACCGUUGUAACUGGAUCGCCAUGCGCAUCCAGAUUAUCACUGAGACGCAUCGUAGGCUGGGCAACAUAAGUGAGCGUGCCGCGUUCGAGAUUUACCAGCAGCUGGAGAUCUGUCUGUCCGCGUACAAGGCCAUGGAGCGAAUUGUUUCGACGCCAAUCCCGUUCACAUAUCUGCACAUGCUCCAGUUCAUCCUGUUCUUCUUCGUGUUCUCCGCGCCGUUCGUGUUCACCACCACGUUUCAUUGGAUCGGGUAUGUGCCUUCGGUGAUCGUGGCGAUUGGAUUCUACGGCAUCAACGAGAUGGGUAAGCUCAUCCAGGAUCCAUUCAACUGGCAGCAGCCGUGCCAUGACCUCUCUGGCUUGGGCCUGAGGAUCUACAGGGAGAACCUGAAGAUCCACGAACACGCCGAACAGUUCGAUCCCAAGGCUGAGAAGGAGAUGUCCAAGCGCAGAGCAUCGUAUCAGACUCUUAUGGAUGCCCUCCAGCGACACGACAGCGAGACAGGUGAGGGAAUGAAGCGAAACAGUUCAAUCACAUCCAUCGGGUCCACCGGGUCAAACUCUGUGGCGACGAGUGGGGAGGUGGACGGCAAGCGGCGCAAGACGGGCACCCCGAGCGUGAGCAAGACGAAAGGCGCAUCCGAGAAAUAUGGCGAGGAACUGAGCAUCGGUCCAUUCACCUUCAUCACCAUCCUGUUCCGAUACAGAGGCACGGUGCUACCCAAGAUCAUGCCCCAGACGCUGCUCGCCGCGGCCGUCUCCAUCUUCGCGCAGAUCAUCAAGAUUUAUUGGUGCGGCGCCAACAUCACUUCCCACAGCGAGUGCCCGCUGGCGUUCAGCGAGACCGCGCACUCAGUGGCAGGAGGUAUCAUCGGUUUCAUGCUCGUAUUCCGGACCAGCAUCUCGUACUAUCGCUUCUAUGAGGGUAAGAAAUACCUCGGGCACCUCUACGACUGCAUCCGUAACGCCAACAUCGCGUUCAAUUCCUUCCUCCGCGUUGGUAACGACGAGCAGGGCCACGAUGCAAAGAUCAACGCGGACAAAGUCGAGCUGCGUAGGCUGUCCAACGUACUUUACGCCUUCAUUCGUCAGGCGGUGCGCGAGCACAGGCACGGGUACCCCGAGGGAUGCCCGGCUCCGUCGGAUGACGCCGGCUUGGUCCGCGACGACGUGUUCGGUCGUCCGGGCCUCGGCGUCUUGCUGACUGAUGAGGAGAAGGAGGAGUUCCUCGCGAUCGAUCCGAAUAACAGGGCCAACAUGGUCGUGUGGCGCAUGCAAUCCAUCGUGGAGCAUCACCGCAGGUUGGGUCACGUGUGCGAGCGCGGCGCGUUCGACAUCUAUCAUGACCUGGAAGGAUGCCUCGAGGCAUUCAAGCACAUGGAGCGAAUCGUGAGCACCAAGAUGCCCUUCCAGUACCUGCACAUGGUGAACUUCCUCCUGUUCAUCUUCGUGUUCUCCGCGCCGUUCGUAUUCACCACAGGGUUCAAGUGGCUCUCCCCGAUCCCCUCAUGCAUUGUGGCCAUCUCGUUCUACGGCGUCGCCGAGGUGGCGCGAUCCAUCGAGGAUCCGUACUCUUGGACCAAACCGUGCCAUGACCUCACCGGCACAGGCUGGAGGCUCUAUUCCGAGUCGCUCCAGCUGCACGAGGCGAGCGUGGCGAGCGUUGACGCCACCCUCGCCAAGGACAGGAGUAAGACCCGAGACGACGAGGUAUCCUUGGAUGACGUGCGGCUCGAGGGCGGUGAGUCAGUGGUCAGGGUCUCGAUGGAGCCGAGGUCAUCCGUCCGGGCCAGCGUGGCGCAUGGAGCAGCCGACAUCGCGCUUCUCAGCUCCAAGCGACCGGAUGAGACGACGAGGAUCGAAGAUUCGGUUAAGCGAGGCGCUGCGAACGGUGGACCCGACGACGCCUCCUCCGUCUCAACCCGACUGUGGGAGGCUAACCCGUCUCAGCCUGAGCUCUCCGACGCUUGGCACGGAUUCAUCACCGACAUCUUCCGCUUCAAGAAGACCGUAUACGGUGAGAUCAUCCCUCAGGUGCUCCUCGCGUUCGUCAUCGGGUGGGUGGCGCAGUUGGUGAAGUUGUGGAGGUGUGGCGGUCAGGUGCAGGAGGCGUUUGAGUGCCCCGUCACAUUCGCGCCCUACGCGCACUCGGUGAUUGGAUCUGUGCUGGCGUUUAUGAUUGUCUACAGGUUCAAGUUUGCGUACGACCGAUACUACGAGGCCAAGUCCGCGAUCGGUGAGCUGCACUGUGGCUUGAGAAACUUUAACAUCGGUGUGUGCGCGUUCCUGAGAGACGCUCGGGAGGGUGAGCCCGGGUACAACCGUAAGGAUGUGAAAGGUGUGAGAGAGCGAUGCGCUCUUUUCAUGAACGAGAGGACCGAGUUGCUGCGGCUCUCUGGCCUGCUCUUCGGUUUCAUCCGCCAUGUGCUCAGAGAGCAGCGACUUGGAUACCUGGACGAUCCAAACCCUGGUGAUAAGCAGCUGCUGCUCCAGGAUAAGUGCGGGAUGCCGUGCGUCGGGUCGCUCAUGCGGGACGCUCAGGAGGUUGCUGAAUUUUCGAGCAUCCCGUUCCAGAAUCGCGCAAACACCGUGGUGACCCGAAUCCAGUCCAUCGUGGAGCACCACCGCAGGCUCGGCCACGUGUGCGAGCGCGCGGCGUUUGAUUUGUACCGCGAGUGCGAGCUCGUGCUGGCCUCGCUCAAGUCCUGCGAGCGGGUGGUCACAACCCCGAUACCCUUCCAGUACCUGCAGAUGAGCAACUUUGUCACCUUCUUCUUCACGUACUCGGCGCCGUUCAUCUUCACGGUGUCCUACCAGUACAUCUCUUUCUUUCCCGCGUGCCUCCUCGCUAUGGCGUUCUAUGGCAUCAACUCCGUCGGUGAGGUCAUCGAGCGUCCCUUCAACUGGCGCGAGCCCAACCACGACCUCACCGGGGUGGGUCUCAGGGUCUGGCGGGAGUGCGUGCAGAUCCACAGGAGGUGCGCCAGCAGGGACGCAGAGACGCUCUCAGCGCACGGGAUCACUGACAUGGCGGAUGGAGAGGCCUUCGUUGCGCUCGAGGACCUCGCAAGACGCGCCGCGGAGAGACCUAACGUCGAGAACGUGCUCGCUGCAUCCAAGGAUCUGCGCCGUAAUUUUCGAAGCCGCCGUGCAUCGGCGGUGGUCAUGGCCAACGAGCUUGCGUCCCGGGAGUAUCCCCGUCACACGUUCUCGUUCCUUACCGGCCUCUUCGACGGCAGCAACGAAACUCUGUGGAGGGUCGUUCCUCAGGUGCUCAUGGCCGCCGCGAUCGGCGCGGUGGCCAACUUGCUCAAGGUUCGUCUGUGCGGCGCAGACGUGAAGCUCUCGUCGGAGUGCUCCGUCACGUUUCACACCGAGGCGCACGCCAUCUGCGGUGCGAUCAUCGGUUUCCUGCUCGUGUUUUGCGCCAACAUCGCGUACCUCAGGUAUUAUGAGGCCAGAUCCGCCGUGGGAGACAUCUACCACGGCCUGAGGAACAUGAACAUAGAGUUUGCAUCCUUCCUUCGGGCGCCCACGGCGGGCGAACCCGGUCAUCAGCCCGGCAACCCCGCGGACGCAGCCGCGACCAUCAAGGACGACCAGCUGGAACUUCGCCGACUUAGCAACGUGUUGUUCGCAUUUAUCCGUCAGGCCCUUCGCGAGCAUCGACACGGGUACCGGUUCGAUUCGAGAAGCCGCCGGGGGCUGGGUGAGGAUGGCGCGGACGAGGGGAAGCCCGGGUUCCUCCGGAGAAUUUUCAAGUCGAGCAAGGCGGCGUCCUUCGGAGGCGGCACCGGACCCGUGUCCGAGGCGAGCCUGCUCGAGGAGGACCUCUGCGGCGAGCCUUCGCUCGCGACGCUUCUCACUCCAGAGGAAAGGCGGAGGUACGCGGACGUUCCCGUUGGCAACCGAUUCAACGUCUGUGUGGCUGAAAUUCAGCGAAUAGUGGCCAGGAACCAACGCGAGGGCGACCUCUACGAGAAGGCUGCUUACGACGUGUACAAGGAGUGCGACAGGGUGCUCGCCGCGUUCAAAACGUGCGAGCGUAUCGUCACUACCCCCAUACCUUACCAGUACGUGCACAUGGUCAACCUUGUGCUGUUCUUCUUCGUAUUCUCGGCGCCGCUGGUGUUCACUGUGACGUUCAAGCGACUCACGCCGCUGCCGUCGGGGAUCCUGGCGCUCGGAUUCUACGGCAUAUGGGAGGUUGGGAGGAGCAUGAUGGACCCCUUCGAUUGGAUGGAGCCGUGCGUCAAUCUCACCGCGAUCGGGAGGAGGAUAUCGACGGAGGCGCAGCGCAUUACCGACGCCGGCCGGCGAAGGCACAGCGUGAUCUCGGGCAGCAGCGAGAGGGUGGGAAGCGCCGCCGGGAUGAUUGCGCGUCGCAAGCCUACCGGGUACUUUGGCACGCGCUGA